CACAGAGUGAACCGUUACUUUAAACAGCUGGGGACUAAUGGAGGAAUACAAAAUCAAAUAGAUUUAAUUAGAUGUGUUGGUAUUGAGAGUCAUGAUGCCCUCACAGAGAGCUCGGUAUGGAUGCGAAGCAGCGCGAAAUACUAAAUGGCGAAUGGCAGUUCCUCCUGUCCCCUUGUUAAAGCGUGCUGGUGGGGCACCCCAACCAUGGCCCCUACAACCCCACCCUGCUGGACAUGUCCACAGGUCCCACUUCCCUCCUCCGCUUCCUCAUCCUCCUCACCUCCCUCUCUUCCACACCCGCCAUGCAGAAGAGAGUGCAGAGAGGCCCCACCUGGUCACCAUCAUACGGCCAUGUGGUCAAAGUACUCUGCGCAAGGUUACAGUCCUGUUGAACCGCAGAGGUGUGGUGUCCUUUGAGCAACUGCUAUUGGAUAUCUCUGAGGCGUUGGGGUUUCCUCGUUGGCACAGAGCCAGAGUCACACGCCUUUACACGACCCACGCACGAGAGGUGAAAGGUAUAUGUGAUUUCUUCCGAGGCGAAGUGGCCUUCCUGGCACUAGGGAAGGUUCGUCCAGAGCUGAGCAGUGUGCAGGACGCUCUGGAAGAGCUGUUUCCAGAACAUUCUCAUUACCGGGCUGACGCACUACGGGCCUGGGAGAAAAGACUUCGACCAGCAUCAGAUAAAGCUGCUAAAGCGGACAGUGGAUACAGUGAAGGGACAGACAGCAGUGAGACGCAAACUACCCAAGAAGCACACCAGGACACAAAUACACAUCAAGUCAAAAAUCACAACAACACACACCCAAGUACGCAGCCAUAUACUCAGCAUAUAGAUGUACUCCAGUUGGACAAUUACAACCCAGAUGUUCAGAAGUGUCACAAAAAGAAUUCAUGCAGAAAACCUUCUCACUUGCCAAACCACCUGCAGAGACUGCGUGUGAGGGGCGAGGCCAGAGAGAGGCGGACGUCUGUCAUUGGUCCAUUUAAACACGAGGACGGUCUAAGAGAAGCAGACAUACCUUCUCCUACACUGUGUGAAGAAUGCUUAGCAAGAAAAGCUAAAUGUCACGGUCCAGAGCGGCUCAAUCCCUUGUCAGGAAGGGUCCCACUUCCUCCUGUGUCGAGGAAGCAAAAAGGAAGUUCUUCUGCCGAGCAGGAAGUUAGAAAGUUGAAUGUUCACAACAGCCCUCCACCUCCUCAGCCAAUCAGCAGAGAAGAGGAGAAGAGCGUUGCCCAAUUAGUCUUAAAUCAACUCCCAGAUGUGGGUCAAGUACACAAGAACAUACAGCAGAGGUCGACCUUUGACCUCUCAUCAGAUGGAAGUGAUGUCACUCUGGCAGAUAUCGAGCGUUGCUAUGAAAUUGGCCGCGCGGUUGGAGAUGGCAACUUUGCAAUAGUGCGAGAGUGCCGCCGCCUUGACAACGGACAAAUACUUGCCGUGAAGAUUGUUGAACGCUCCAAGCUGAUUGGUCGGGAGCACAUGAUGCAAAAUGAGCUGAGCCUUCUGGGUAGCCUCCGUCACCCUCGCAUAGUACGGCUGUUUGCGCACCACCACACGCACACUCACUCGUACCUGGUGAUGGAGAUGGUGAGCGGCGGGGAUCUGUUUGAGGCCAUCAGUGAGAGGGGGAAAUUUCCAGAGGAAGAAGCCGGACUGAUGGUGUCAGACGUGAGCGGAGCACUGAACUACAUCCACUCCAAAAGUAUCGUGCACCGAGACCUCAAACCAGAAAACCUUCUGAUAGAGCGUGUGGCUGCUGGCAUCUGUAGGCUGAAGCUGGGAGACUUUGGUCUCGCCAUGGUUGUGACUGAACCAGUUUUCACCAUAUGCGGCACACCCACGUAUGUAGCCCCAGAGAUCCUCUGUGAGACAGGUUAUGGUGUUGCAGUGGAUGUAUGGGCACUGGGUGUUAUCCUCUACGUCCUGCUGUGUGGAUUUCCCCCAUUCCGCAGUCGGGAUCGAGACCAGGAAGAGUUGUUCCAGCUGAUAAAACAGGGACAACUCCACUUCCUGCCCCCCUACUGGGACCCCAUCUCAGGAGAAGCCAAAGGCCUUGUAAGAGCGCUGCUUCAGCCAGACCCCGCAGUGAGGCUGACAGCCGAGCAGACCCUGCUGCACCCCUGGGUGAAGGCUAUGGCUUCAGGUUGCAGGCAGAGGGCACUCAUAGACAAAACUCAGAGGGACACAACAGAUGCUGGAGCAGAACCAGACAAGCCCAGACAAGUCCAGAGACAAGCCCAGACCAAUGCAACAGAAACAACGACACCAAGAGGACACAACAGCAGCGGGGAAGAAGCCACACAAACAGAGUUCAGCAGACAUGAUGACCAUCAAACAGAGAUUAGAUUGGGAGGAGGAUGUGAUGAAGACAAAACACCACCGCAACAAUCAAAAAAGACAGGCACAGUUUACAACAUAUCGCCACAGAUACAGGCGCACACUCUUGCAGAGGCCACACCUGGUCAACAGAAACCAGGCUGUGGCUCCUCUAGCACACCAGAAAUACAGGAUCCAUCGGAAUCACUGUCUCGAGUUAGCAGCAGCGUUGACUUCAACCAGCUUGGUGCCCCCCAAACUCAAGAUAAGCUUCAAUCCAAUAUAAAGACACACUCUAAACAAAAUAUCCAACAGUAUUCACCUCCAUAUUCACCACCUUCCACCAAUACAGCUCGACAAACCCCGACCCGGCACUUAACCCAUCCGCACCCAUCCUCUGAUCCAGCAAUGGUGUCUCACUCUCUACAUCAGCAGAACUUCACCUCUCCCCUGCACAACCCCACCACAGCCAGCGCACAACACCACCCAGCUGAAAACUACGACAAACCGAUUGUUCACACCAGCAACACCCAUCCAGCCGCGCAGUCAGGGCCUCAAUGUCAAUCUCCUGCUUAA